UCCUUGCAUGCAUUGGUGUACAUAUGUUCAUCAAUAAUAUAUUUUGUAUUAUAUUGCCACUGAAUUUUACUAGUCGUGAAAAAAGUCAUCAUGAGAAACCUUGACAUUCGUUUUGUGCUGUUCAUCGUGGGGGUGGGGACACAUUUGUCCGUAGUGCAGGGCAAUAUGAUAAGCGUCGACUGGGAUCAGGUUGACCGUUUGUUGGAAGAGUUCAGGCGAGUGAAUGAAGUUCCAGGUGUGGCCUUGGCUGUUGUCGACAGUUCUGGAGAUCAAACUGGGGCAAAAGGAUACGGAGUUUCGGAUCGUGAAGAAAAUAGGCCGAUGGAUAAUUCCACUCGAUUUCUAAUAGCAUCCAUAUCCAAAAGCUUUACAGCCGUGAUCUCUUGUCGUGUGCUGAGUCUCCAUUUUCCAGAACUGGGUGAAAGUGUUCUCGACACCCCCAUCGCACGAUUGGUUCCUGGCUUCAAUCUCACACUAAUCGAUAGAUACCGUACCGAGCAGACGACAUUUAGAGACCUGCUUUCCCACCGAACUUGUUUAAAUUCUUAUGGAAUUGGAGUGACGGCUGGUGCAUAUAAAUCUAGGGCAGAUCGUCUCUACAGGUACAGAUACAUCGGGGAGAAAUGUGCAUUCAGAUCAGGUUUCGAGUACAGCAACCCCAUGGUCAUUCUGGCAGGGGAAAUAAUUGCACAUAUUGUUGGAGUUCCUUUCGAAAACUUGGCAAUGGAGCUGUUGACCGAGCUUGGAAUGAUCGACAGUCUCAUCGUUACGCCAUCGGAGAACUAUGAAACCUUGGAACGCAUGAGUCGAGGCUAUUAUCGGAACCUAGAUGGACAAUUGGCAAAAAUGAAUGCUUCAGUCUACAAUAGUCAUUCUGGAGCUGCGUCAGGAGGAAUCAUCAGUACCUCUGCCGACAUGGCGAGAUACCUUCACUUCCAUUUAAACAAAGGUCUCCUGGAUGGGCAACAGAUUGUCCCCACCGAAGUUAUGGAGUGGGUGUACAGGGCAUCAAACUCGGUUCCCUUUCCCGGCCUUCCUUACAACGAUGUGAUUCAAGGAGAUUUUGGCUACGGUCUCGCUCUGGACUUGGGACUAUUUGGAAAUUUGUUUAGAGUUGGUCAUGUAGGAGACUUGUCCCCUUUCACGAGUCGAAUGACCUUCUACCCUGAAGUAGGACUUGGUCUCUUCACUGCGAUAAAUGGUCCAGGACCGCUUCCUGCCACAUCGGACCAUCUUCACCUUCAUAACCAGCUCACUCAACUCAUCCUGGAUGGAGUACAACCUUCUACAUCGCGCCUCCACAAAAAUAGUUGUUCCGAGCACAAAUCAAUCGUCCCAAAAUCAGUGCGGGACCAUGAGGGUCACCACCAGCGUAUUCAGUCCGAAGCACUAGUUGGAGUUUAUGGACAUCCCUACGAAGGAGACGUGCAUGUAUCCAUUGGUCCUGGCGGUGGGUUGGAGUUGCAGUAUGGGAUUUGGGGCUACGGAUCACUUUUGGAAACUGAUGAGACGAACGUUUAUGAAAUCGAAUGGCGAGGAGAUAUUGUAGCCAUUUUCCUGGCGUAUUCUGGCGGUCCUCCACUGCCCUCGAUUCUCUGGGAUUUUAACACCCCGGACACACUAACUUACGAGGAUCCUGAUGGACGGAUAGAAUACCGCAGGAAUGCCACGAUAGAAACAUACCCAGAAAUCCCGUGGUCUCCUGAUAGCUGUUUGCACUGAUUACGUUUAAGAAUUUCUACGAAUGCCAGCAAAAUACAAGCCGUUCUAGAAUAGGGGUUUAUUCUAAAACUAAAUUAUGCAAAUAAACUAAAUUAUAAAUUA